CCCUGGCUCCCCACUCGGCUCGUUCUCGCUCCUGACGCCACCAGCUGGACCCCGGGAUGCCGGGCGUCUCCGCCCGCGGCCUCUCUCACGAGGAGAGGAGGCAGCUGGCGGUGAACCUCACCCGUGUGCUGGCGCGCUACCGUCCCAUCCUGGACGCCUACAUCAUCGUGAGGCCACAGGGGUGUGGGCGGGGUGCUGCCGGUUGUGCGGUUGGCUGGGUGCCCGUGGCAGGGGCAGAACCUGGAGAGGUGGCUUCUACUCUCUUUUUUUCUAUGGGUUUCGGUCUGUGGUCUGUACAAGAAAGGGUUAAAACUGGGGUUACUCCCUCCCGGUUUUUGAGUUGACAUACGUAUUAAUAUUUCUAGUAUCUCGCUGGUUUCUCUAACUUUCCCAAGUCCAAAAUAAAAUGCGUGAACAACAGAGCCACGCUGCAGCUACGUUGAGCUCCCCCAGGAACCUGUGAGGUGUUCCAGGAACACACAAGUUCAUUGAUCCGAGCUUUGCAUAAAGUCCUGGUUUAGUAGCCUACUGGACAGCCACAGCUUUGGAAUCAGACCGGCUUGACUGCCUGCUUUACUGUGUUAGAUGGAGGCGUUAUUAAGAACUCCCUGCCACCUGUUUCUCAGCUGUAAUAGGGAUCCCUGCCUGAAGGAUCCUUAUGAAGAAUGAGUGAGAUGAUGUGAGUUCUUUACAGACAACCUGUGGGGCACACUCCCUUGCUCGUGGCAGGAAGCGCUGGAUGGACUGAACCCGCCACAGCUGGCCGCACAGCUGCUGGGGAUGCCUGGGGAAGGGGAAGUGGUCAGGUACAGGUCGGUGUGGCCACUCACCCUGCUGGCCCUGAAGUCCACAGCCUAUGCCCUGGCCUUUACCCGGACACCUGGGUUUCAGACCCCCUCAGAGUUCCUGGAGAACCCCAGCCAGAGCUCCCGCCUGACAGCCCCGUUCCGGAAACACGUCAGGCCCAAGAAGCAGCAUGAGAUCCGAAGGCUGGGAGAGUUGGUGAAGAAACUGAGUGACCUCACGGGCUGCACCCAGGUCGUGGAUAUAGGCUCAGGCCAGGGCCAUCUCUCCCGAUUCAUGUCCCUGGGGCUGGGGCUGACAGUGAAGAGCAUCGAAGGCGAUCGGAGGCUGGUGGAAAGAGCCCAGCGCCUGGACCGGGAGCUCCUGCAGGCCCUGGAGAAAGAGGAGAAGAGGAGCCCACAGGUAACCCGGGCCGGCCCUCGCCACUCCCCACACCACGUGGUUAGGUGGGUAGAGCCCACGGCCCUGUGCGAGGAGCUCCUGCUUCCCCUGGAGCCCUUGCCUCCGUGCGGGGCCCGCCUGCUGCUGACGGGCCUCCACGCCUGCGGGGACCUGAGUGUCGCCUUGCUGAGGCACUUCUCCUGCCCCGAGGUGGUGGCCCUGGCCUCGGUGGGCUGCUGCUACAUGAAGUUGAGUGAGCCUGGCGGCUACCCACUGAGUCAGUGGGUCGCGGGGCUUCGUGGCUCCGAGCUGCCCUACAGGCUGCGGGAGGGGGCCUGCCACGCCCUGGAGGACUACGCCGAGCGGCUACAGAGAGCGGGCCCCGGGCUCCGCACCCACUGCUAUCGGGCGGCACUGGAGACGGUCAUCCGGGGCGCCCGGCCCGAGCUUCGACGGCCAGGCGUGCAGGGGAUCCCCAGGGUCCACGAGCUCAAGAUCGAAGAAUACGUGCAGCGGGGGCUGCGGCGGGUGGGGCUGGAUCCCCAGCUGCCACUGAACCUGGCUGCCCUUCGGGCCCACCAGGCCCAGGAGAACCGAGUGGUGGCCUUCUUCAGCCUGGCCCUGCUCCUGGCCCCGCUGGUGGAGACACUGAUUCUGCUGGACCGGCUGCUCUGCCUUCAGGAGCAGGGCUUCCAUGCUGAGCUCCUGCCCAUCUUUAGUCCUGAACUGUCGCCCAGGAACCUAGUUCUGGUGGCCACCAAGAGUCCCCUGGGUGAGGCCUUCUCUCUUCUGGAAACUGAAGACAGCUGACGAACUCCAUCUGGAGUUCACCCAGAGGACCAGCCUCCUAGCUUCCUGCAACCCUCGCCUCUCCCUCCCCAUGUUAACGUAAUACUACGUAAAGGUUUAUUUUUAAUUUAUUAAAUAAAUGAAAUCUUUAUUUCUC